CUUCACCGUAUAUUUGGAUUUGGUCGGUUCGUGGCCGAGGCUCAAGUUGUACGGGACUACUGCAGGAACGGAAGCGAUACAAGAAGGGGGGUAUUCCCAUACCACUUGGACAUUGACAGGACCAAGGACCACUCAUCCAUCUCUCAUCGCAUAGCCAAAAGACAACACCACUCAUCAUGACAGACCCAACCAUCUCCACGGCCAUUGCCUCAGCAAUCCAAUCCAACAAAUCCGAAAUCGCCCUCAUCAACACCCACAUCCACUCCAACCCCGAACUCGCCUACCUCGAAUUCACCGCCCACUCCACCCUCGUCCACUCCUUGCGGCGCCUCGGCGGCUUCACCGUCACCUCCCCCGCCUACGGCUUGCCCACCUCUUUCGAGGCUGAAUACGGCUCCGGCGGCCGCUUGAUCAUCUUCAACGCUGAGUACGACGCCCUUCCCGAGAUCGGCCACGCCUGCGGCCACAACCUGAUCGCCUCCGCUUCCCUCGCCGCCUUUCUCGGUGUAGCCGCGGCCCUCAAGCAGUCCGGCCAACCAGGUCGUGUCCGCUUACUCGGGACCCCAGCCGAAGAAGGCGGCGGGGGUAAACUCAAGUUAAUUGAGGCUGGCGCAUAUAAAGGGUGUGAUGCAUGCCUCAUGGUUCACCCGGGGCCACAAUCCAAACUCCCUUCUGGCAUCACAGCCGUUUCGUACGUGCGCAUGCUAGCCAACGUCAAGUAUCGUGUUUACUUUACCGGUCGCGAGGCGCAUGCUUCUAUAGCUCCCUGGCAUGGCGUCAACGCCCUUGACGCCGUUUGUCUAAGUUACAACGCCGUCAGCAUGCUUCGCCAGCAGAUUAGACCAGAAGAGCGCAUCCACGGUAUUUUCAGAGAAGCAGGCACAAGGCCGAACGUCACACCAGCCGAUUGUUGCGUGGAGUACUACGUCCGCAGCACCACAAGACGCGGCGCCGAAGAGUUGGGGAAGAGAGUACUGAAAUGCUUUGAGGGCGCUGCGCUAGCGACGGGGUGUGAGUGGCGGAAGGAGGACUUGCCGGCUUACUUUGAUGUUCGCCCAUCGAAAGCGUUGUGCAAGGCGUGGAUGGAGGCCGUGCAACCGGCUGGAUCGGUGGCGUGGGAGGACCCUACAGAUUUCUUCCAGGGGAGCACGGAUAUGGGGAAUGUGUGCUAUGAGUGUCCGGGGUUUCAUGGUGUGUUUGGCAUUGAGACGGAGGAUGGGGCGGCGAAUCAUACAAAGGGGUUCACAAAGGGGGCGGGGACACAGGACGCGUUUGAGAGGGCGUUGGAGUGUGGACGGGCGAUGGCGGAGGUUGGGUGGAGGGUUCUGGCGGAUGAGGAGUUUGCGGCCGAGGUGAAGAGGGAGUGGGAGGUGGAUAUGAAGGUUGCGGAGGGGAAUUAAAUAUUAUAUUGGGUUCGGUGUCGAAGGAUGUGGGAAGUUAGGAUGGUAGUCUAUUUCUACUUUCGGCGUUUGGUUUUCAGUGUGAUAUGGCUGGCAGUUGGGGGACAUAGGCCCUUUUUAGCUCCAAUUCAUGAUGAGCGAUACCUUUUGGCUUGAUAAAUGCGCGUGUUCAAGGAUUUACCAUAUGGUUCACAGCUAAAAUAUGGCGGUGUUUUUUUAGUAAUUUGUUCGAAAGAAAAGAAUAAAUA